UGAGGCUCCAUCGCAACUAUGCUCGAUCUCUUCAAUGGUCUCGCUUUCUUUCCACGCCUCGGACGUUUCGCACCACGUCUGAAAAACGGACGACGAUAAGACACGUCUUGGCCCAUCACAUCGUGUAUUUACAUGUGGUACUAUGUGUAGCGCGCGUUAAACCGUGCAGCCUUGCGCUCACUCCACCAUGAAAGUUGUUCUGAUGGUCGCUGAAAAGCCGUCUUUGGCUUCGUCUAUUGCCAAGAUUCUUUCUCGUGGAACGAUGCAGUCGAGAAAGAGUGCCAGUACUGCUUGCCAAGUUCACGAGUUUGUGGGCCCCUUUCGGGGUGAACCAAGCGUGCGCUUCAAGAUGACGUCAGUUUGUGGUCACGUGAUGUCAUUGGAUUUUCAAGGAAGAUACAACAACUGGGAAGCAGUGGAACCGGGUGAGCUAUUUGGUGCUCCUACAAUUAGGAAGGAAGCUAACCCGAAUCUUCAUAUUGAAAAAUUUCUGCAACUGGAGGGUCGAGGUGUUGAUUAUUUGGUGUUGUGGCUUGAUUGCGACAAAGAAGGCGAAAACAUUUGCUUUGAGGUGAUCAAUGCGGUCCAAUCUGGUAUGAAAUCCCACUCACGUGGAGAGCAGACAAUCUAUCGAGCUCAUUUCUCGUCCAUCACCGAGCGAGACAUCAAUCAAGCGAUGAAACAACUGGGAAGUCCGAAUCACAAUGAGGCCCGGUCUGUAGACGCUCGUCAAGAACUCGAUUUACGUAUCGGUUGCGCAUUCACACGAUUUCAGACAAAGUUUUUCCAAGGGAAGUAUGGUGAUCUCGACAGUUCAGUGAUAUCAUACGGUCCAUGCCAGACGCCAACACUCGGGUUUUGUGUGGAUCGGCAUGAUAAAAUUCAGAGCUUCAAGCCCGAGUCUUACUGGCAGCUGCAUGUACAGAUUCGUUGCGAUAGUCAGUUGGUGUCACUCGAAUGGGAGAGGGGACGUAUAUUCGACAAGGAAGUAGUUCAGGUCUUUAUGGCUCUCGUCAAGCAAACCACAACUGCCAAAGUAUUAAGUGUGCAACAGAAGGAGAAAUCGAAAUCGAGGCCACUGCCACUCAACACGGUUGAAAUGCUACGAGUUGCUUCGUCUGGUUUAAACAUUGGCCCUCAGCAUACCAUGCAGCUUGCAGAGAGACUCUACACGCAAGGUUACAUCAGUUAUCCGAGAACGGAAACCACUCACUUUGCAGAAAACUUUGAUAUUCGGGGUACUCUGAAGGAGCACGUUCGUCACCCUAGCUGGGGUGGGGUGGUCAACUCUCUGCUUGGUGGCAAUAUGCAGAAACCAAAGAAAGGCCACGAUGCUGGCGACCACCCACCGAUCACGCCCACACGUUGCGCCACCGAGUCCGAAAUAGGUGGUGGAGAUGCCUGGCGUCUAUACCAAUACAUCACACAACACUUCAUUGCGACAGUAUCUCCAGACUGUUCGUACAUUCAGACGACGGCUCAGUUUGAUAUCAAUGGUGAACAAUUUUCGUGUUCUGGAAAGAGAGUAACAGAUCCCGGCUAUACGGCGUUGCUCACAUGGCAAGCCGUUUUAGACUCGGACAAAAUGCCAGCUCUUACAAAGGGACAGACGCAUGAGGUGACGGAUGUCAAGAUCGUUGAUAAGCAGACGUCGCCGCCAGCGUUUCUGACCGAGAGCGAGUUGAUAUCUCUGAUGGAGAAACACGGAAUCGGAACUGAUGCUAGCAUUUCUGUUCAUAUUAAUAAUAUAUGUGAGCGGAAUUAUGUUCGGGUGGAAGCCGGACGGCAGUUGAUUCCGACGAGCCUUGGUAUUGUUCUAGUGCAUGGGUAUCAGAAGAUAGAUCCCGAUUUAGUCCUCCCAACUAUGAGAUCAGCUGUCGAACAGCAACUAAACCUGAUCGCAGCCGGGAACGCCGACUACGAUUCAGUCUUGAGUCAUGCCUUGGGUAUCUUCACACACAAAUACGAAUAUUUCGUACAACACGUCAACAGCAUGGACGAGCUAUUUGAAGUUUCAUUUUCAAAGUUGGCCGACACCGGUCGACCGAUGUCACGGUGUGGUCUGUGUCGUCAUUUCAUGAAGUUUGUUCAAGCGAAACCGAGUCGACUGUACUGCCAGCAUUGUGACACGGUUUACGCUCUGCCACAAAACGGGACAAUCAAGUUGUAUAAGGAGUUAAAGUGUCCUCUAGAUGACUUUGAGCUUGUUCUCUGGUCGACCGGUGCAAAGGGCAAAUCAACACCCGUGUGUCCCUAUUGCUACAACCAUCCACCGUUCAACGACAUGAAGAAAGGCAUGAGUUGUGGAGAAUGCAGCCACCCGACCUGCCCUCACGCGUUGAGCCAGAGCAAAGUGUGUUCGUGCCUAGAAUGCGAUCAAGGUUUCCUCCUACUGGAUAUGACAUCGGGACCGAAAUGGAAGAUGGCAUGCAAUAGAUGCAACGUUUUGGUCCAUUUCUUUGAAAAUGCGAGUCGAGUGUCGACGGUCAGGGAGUCGUGUCCGGACUGUGGGACUGUAUACCUCGAAGCUGCUUUUAAGGCUCCUUCGCCUUUGGCUAGCGGAGAGCUCGAGUGUCGUGGGUGUGUCUUCUGUGAUGCAGCUCUGUCGUCUCUCGUGCAAGUCCAUCAUGCUGUCGCUCAACAUCCGAUGUAUCAUCGACGGCGAGGCAGAGGAAGAGGGAGAGGACGACGAGGUGGGAGAGGGAGAGGGAGAGGGGGACGAGGACCGAAGGAUAAGAUGGCACAGUUGGAUGCAUAUUUUGUGUAGUCGUGUAAAUAUAUACAAUACAUGCAUGGCAGUUUCCUAAUAAAUAUCUUGGAAAUUAAUCAAAAUAUGUGAUAGCUCAUGUCCCGUACUUAUAGUUGUGAUGGAUUUUGUCAUACUUUAGUUGAGGGAUACUGCGAGUCUCAGUAUCAUGAGUAGCUGUUGCAAGGCUGAGUGUACAUGUGAUCAAACAGAAACAAGUAACAAGUACAGUGGGUGUUUACUUGUGCACAGGCAUGCGCGCGC